UGGUCAAAAAGUAUCAGUCCUGUCGAUAUUUUUCAUCAAAAGAUGUAUGCCUUUUCACGAGACAAAAAAAAUUAUGAAUAAGUAUGCGUCAAUAUGGAAUUCUCCUCCAGCUAUGUUAUCACACAAUAUAUCCUAUAUGAUGGAAUACGGCUUUACCAAAGAGGAUAUUUCUAAAACACCUCAAGUAAUAUCGGUGCAUCCAUUAACAUUAAAAAACUACAUUAUGUUACUGGAAGAAGGCGGAUUUUAUAAAGAAAAAAUUAAUCCUUUAGUGAUUUCAAGGUUUAAGAAUUUUAAAAAUAAAUCAAUUAAAAUGUUGAAAGCCGAAAAGUAUAUUGAUAACAAUAUUGACGUUCAACAUCAUAUACUAUCAUUUCUCCAAUUUCCAACAGACAAGUAUCCAAAAGAAUUUAAUGAGUCCCACACAUUGGGUGAGGUUCAAGAAAAUAUCUUUAAAUUAUAUGUUGAAUGGAAAAUUCAAAUGGACUAUACAGAUGUUGGACAAGCGUUAAAAGUCUAUCACAGAUUAUACAAUAAAAGCUUAAGACUAAUCGAGAGAUCUAUUGACAUUCUUAUCAAUGAUCUUAAUUUUAGUGAAGACAAAAUAAGAAGACAUCCAUAUUUGAUACACAGUGAUCCUGAUAAUAUAGUGAAAUUAUUAAACUUCAAAAAACUUUGUGGUAUGGACAUUAAAACGGUUUUAACAAAACAUCCAAAAAUUAUCCUCACUCCAUGCGAAUCAAUUCGUGAGAUUCAAAAACAUUUAAAGGAUUUUGGUGUUCCAGAAUCUGCUCUAUCAAAAGUUCCACAAUUAUACACAUUGGGAAGCAAUUCAAUUUAUGAGCGUUUGUGUAUUCUGAAGAACACACCCGAAUUAAAUUCUUUUAUGAACAAUCCACAGGUGGCUAGAUUGUUGUAUUAUAUAAAAAAAGUAAAUCUACGAUUGAAAUAUUUGCAAAACAAAAAUUGUGUUUCUUUACAUUUGUUGUCGUCAAAUACCAGAGCCUUUAACAGGUUUAAUUGCAGUGGUCACGCUAAGGUCACAUCUAAUGACAUUAUGCAUUUCUUGACAAAUGAAUUAAACGAAAACAAGCAACAGUUACGUAAACUGUUUGAACGUCACACAUAUUGGCAAUACAUUUCUCUACUGAGAAUCAGAAAAACGUUUGAGUAUUUGAAAAACAAACAAUUCACAAAAGAACAAAUAAAGAGUAGUGUACACAUAUUGUUGUACCCCAAGAAUAACAUUGAAGAAGCUCUGGUUGUCGCACAAAACAUGGAAGAUGUUUGUUUUUUGAGAAACUCGAAUGGAACAAUCAAAUCAGAAUUCAUCUUACCAUUAGUUUUAUAUCAUUUAGAAAAAUCACACCAUUUCUCAGGUAACGGCGUCUGGAGUUUCAACGAAAACAAUCAACAGUUUCUCUCAUCUGACCCAUCGAAAAACGUUUCUAAAGAUAAUGAGGAAUUAGAUCAUAUACCAUCUUCUUGUAUUAACGAUUAUGAACUGACCUAAACUAGCAGAGACUCUUCUUGUGGCGCUUUUUGAGGAGUUUUGAUGAUAGCCGUUGGGCCAAUAAACGGCAUGCAGUGAUUAAAAUAUAAAUGAUCUUCUAGAACUAAUUUAAGAUUGUUCAAACUAAAGACUGAAAGAAAUCAUUGACAUUGUGUAGUCAUAAACGUAUUUUUACUACUAAUUUGUUUCUCUAAUAAUAAAAUUAUAUAUUGUUAAUUAUAUUUCAGUUAUCUGCAAUAAAAUAUACUAUUAUGGUUAAAAGUUUA